AUGGCGAAGGUGUUUUUGCGACUGCAGGGCACGUCUUCCACACCACUAUUGGUCUCCGCGGUGUUAAGCCCGAAUUGGCAUUGGAAGAGAACGCUCGACGUCGGCAAACUGGAGGCUGGUCCCGUCCUCUGUCGCCCUUCCUCAGAUAGUAGCUCGUACGAGCUUGUACCUAUCGACUCAGUUCAAGUGGAAUUCGCCAAGUCUCAAGUUCUCCAUGGAGUGCACCUUCGGGAGAGCCACCGUAGGUACCAUGCGAACGGGAACCUGGUGGCAUUGAAUUAUCCGGAAAUUAUGAUCAAGUCUGUUGCUGCUGCACUUGAGAAGCUCCCACCUGAAAUGCGGCUUGAGAUGCUCAAGAAAAUCAAAGAUCUGAGACCUUUGUUCAUCAAGAUUGGUAUCGACGGCGUCCACCAGCUUCUGGCAUCUGGGCUGAGGCAGGCCAAGAAAGGCAAACUUGCUCCAAUUAGAAUCCAUUAG